GGAUUUCCCCAUAAAGAAAAACAAAAGACAAAUCGGCAUCAGCGAUUCGGGGGAGAAAAGAAAAAAGGGAAGGGCGAGCGAGAAGCAGCGGCAGGCGGCGGUCGACGGUAGCCGUUCAUCCACCUCGGCGGCGGCGGCCAUGUCAACCAUGGUAAACGAGUUGUUGGAAGAAGAAGAAGAAGAGCAGGACCUUAUCCCAAUUAUCCCUUUGUUCUACGAUGAGGAAUUCUGGAUGGCCGAAGCCAAGGCAGAGAGGGAAAGAUGUCGGGCGGAGACAGAGAAGAAGGCUAGGAGAGAAGAGGAAUAUCUGCGGCGGAGUUCAAUGCACCGAGCCGUCAUUGACUCAAUUCUUCAGUAUGAUCCUAAGGCUGGUCGCAAGAUGUACACUCGUUUCUUUCUUCGAGAUUUAUCGGUCUUCAACCUUGACGAUGAAUCUUUGGUUCCUCCAAUGCGUUACACCGAUAGUGUGUACUUAGAUCAGCAUGACCUUGAGGACUCCGUAAAUAUUCUUUCACUGGUCAUUCAUUCCUCAGAUGUUGGUUUUUCUAUCAAUGUGUAUGGAACUGUGAUUGUGAUUGCGAGAGAUAGUAUUGACUACAAGUGCAUUCGUCUCUUUCGUCGCGGAUGAAUUGUUGGCUUUGAUUGGUCCAGAUCGAGGUCUAGUGCUAGUUGAUUUUAUAUAUGUCGAGAUAGAUCUUAAAAUCAAAGCCGAUGAAGAAUCUCUUGAUUCGGAGUUGAGCAAAGGCGUAUUAACCAUCAAUGGUCGAGGAUUGCGUACAGAGGAUACGGUUAUUGAUGAAGUUAAAACUCUAGAUAGCCGUCUUAGUACCCUGGACAUGAGGUAUGCAAUUAUUUGUGACGCAGUCGAGAGCACCUUCGAAGUUUCGGUCGUUGAGGGACAGUUCUAUGGAAAGAUCACUGCUGAUACCACAAGUAUUCAACAAAAAAUUGUGAUUCAUGAAAGCACUUCUGAUGACAUGAUGACUUGUGCUGAAGAUGGUGUCAAACUCCAGCGUCGUGUCAUGUCGGUUCGUUUGGACCAGUUGCUGGUAUUUGAAAUCACUAAUUUGGCUCAUGGUGCUUGCGCCAAUCAACACAUUGAGUUCACCCCAUCACGCACGGGUCAUGAUGUUUUGGCAAUCUCAUGUGGUGCUGGGAAGAUUCUGGUGAAAGUUGUUUGGUCAAUUAUGGACCGUAGGCCAUAAUCCAAUGUAUUAAAUAUUUUGGUUGACAUAAAGUUAGUACAUCUUAUAAUUUGGAACAGGUGAAGCUACAUCUAUCGGACAUCUGUCUUGGUUUAUACUGUUGUCGUCUAGAUCAAUUAUCUUUUUGAACUUCCCGAUUCACAACUCUGUUUAGUCGUAGGUCUAGACAGACGUAUGCAAGUGCCUCACAUAUCUACGUACAUCUACAUUUGUCUUGGUUUAUACCGUCGAAGGAAAUAUCGAUCUCCGGCAGUUCCCUUGUCUGUGACAGCCGAUUCGACGUUGAGAGCUAAGGGGGAACCAUGGAUCAACGUCUGUCAUUUAGUUUUGCAACAUCUGACAGUUGAUUCGGCAGUGAUUUUUCUGCACUCACGAUAUCUAAAAUCGGCAAAAAAAAAAGUGGACUAUAUAGCCCAUGAAAAAGGGCAAAUAGUCAAUUGCAUGACACCGGAAUGGGGAGUAACGCCCAAUAUAUUCAAAGUAACAGAAAAAUAUAUAUAAUACAUGCAUGUAAGAUUCACAUAAGAUGCAUAUUAGACGUGGUAGUAAUAAUUAUGUUAGACUUUAAUCAUGAUUCUGUUUCCGUUUUAGAUCCAGUUUAGAAGAGUCCUGCGUCUGUUUAGGGAUAAUCCGAGUAUAAGGAGAAUUCCAGUCGUGUGUGUUUGACGAGAUUUUGUACCAGAAUUUCUCUCAGUGAAUAAAAAAAUGAUGAUCAUAUCACAUAAUCAAAUAUAUGACGAGUGCAUGGAGCAGUACUACGUACGUGCCCACAGUUGUAUUUCAAUUCAAAGCAUAGCAUAGAUACGUGUACAGUACAGUCUUUUUGGCCCAAACAGAAGAAGUGAGCUAAUUAAUCGAGCACCAUAUGCAUGCAUAUGUAUCACAGUACGUAUGUGAGCUGUAUGUUUGGAGUUUGGAAAUGCUGCAUGGCCUAACGUGCGCGCGAAGGAUGCGAUUGCUGCUUAUGGAAGGAAAUUGUAUGCAAGGAUCGGAGAGAUUGGCAGCUGAUCACAAAAUAUCAGUGAUUUCCAAAAUGCUAUUGACGGCAGGCAUCGCCUUUUCCCUUGAAACCUUACCGCCUAUCUACUGCUAUAUAAGGACCAGAGCUACGACGAACGUGAGGGGGAGCGACCUCCAGGAAAAAGGUGAGCAGGGCAGCAGCGCCCUAGGGGAGGGCCGCGAGAUGCGGCGCUUAAGGUAAGCCGCACGUACAGGAGGCUAAUUAAUGGAGGAGCACGAUGAUGCCCUAGGCAAGAGUCAACGCACGGCGCGCGGCUCUCGAUCUCCCUACACGCGGGCUUCCGAGUUCCAGUGACGAUCUAGACAUGCCAUCGGCAUUCAUAUCUCCCUUGCAGGCUGGUAUAUCGAUAUCUCUUUCCUGUCUUUUCUUUUUACAACACGAGAGAAGCAGGGGAAGCGCGACCAGACGGCGGCGCCCAUGGCGAGGGCCAGCCGGCCAGGUGCUUGGCAGCGACAAGAACGCGCCCAAGGCGGUGGUGACCUGCAGGAGCGACGCUCUGCUCCGGCUUGGUGAUUCCACAUGCACUUGAUCUUCGUCCAGCGCACAUACAUAUGACAAAUCCAUCGUGCAUGCCAAAGCACCACAGCAAGGGAUCGAGAUGGCUUCGAUCUAGUACAGUUGUGUGUUUAGCACUAAUCUCCUGUGUCUAUUUGUUUCUCUCUUAGAUGCAGCUCGUCUACACGGUGAUGUCCUGGUGGAUCGAUGGCAGCCUUUCUGGCCAUCAAGGACUUCGAUGCCUUGCCAGGGACAUGGCUGCAAGCUGUAGCCGCAUCUGCACCUGAAGCUUCAUGACACGGUGCCUGACAGCCGCAACACCACCACUGGAACUCACGCGAGUUCAAGAUGGUGUGCUGCCACCCGCUAGGAGUGCAACGGCGCCGACAGGCCGUCCAUGAACGCCACUGGACCUGGACGCUGCAUGGCCGCCGCCAUCGCUGCCGUGGGCGUCGUCGAGCUCUUCCUGCGUGCGUCCUACUUUGGACAUUUAACGUAAGUUGUAACUUGAGAACCUAAUGGUUUUCUAUGCAGGUAAGGGUCGCCUUGUUUUGUGCACAUAUAUGCACGAAACUCUCGUCCCAGGCUUUGGCACAGGAUUGCCGGCCACCGGCAUGCAUCCUCAAUGCCACUGGCUUGCGAAGGUCGCCGGGGAUGACGACAACAUGUCACCGCGGACUGUGACUCGUAGCUUGCAGGCAUAUUUCUCUUCACGCCCGCCAUGUGUGGCACCUGGGUUGGCGCCUUCUUCACCGACAUGGUAUCGUGCUAGCCACUCGUGGUGGCCCUCUACGUGGGGCACAUCGUGACACCGCCAUACACGAAGUCCACCAUGGCACAUCGCAGUCUACACCGCCACCGAUAUCUACUCCGACAAUCAUUCUCGACAUCGUCCAACCUCCGACGAGGUGCACAUUACUUGCUUGCACCGACGAGGUGCUAGCAAGUCAUCCCGUCCGACACCGGUAAGGCGGACUCACCAGGCUUGGCACCGACAAGGCGAAGGCCACCUACCUGUCUAAGCCGACGAGGCUAUAGACACUUUCAUCAUAGGAGAUGACAAGCCGGAGCACUAUGGCUCAGCAUCGCCGAAGUGGUGGGCGAACUACUCCACCACUCGCCUUCACCCUUUGCACCACCACCAUCUACACCAAGCACAUGGAGAAGACGAGAGACUCGAAGACGACGACCAUUGCGGCAGCUUGAUCGGAGGUGUCUCACGGUUCGAUCCGCGGGAGUAAUUAAGCGGGAGCUUUACGAGGCCCCGUGAACCAAGACACCACAAUCGCCCAAGUCAUAUUGGCCGCGCUGGCAGGCCACGGAGCGCACUCCAUCAAGGGAAAUUGUAAUUUGUUUCUCUAAGUGAGAUUAAUAAAAUGCAUAUUUUCCUAUA